AUUUGUACUUUAUUACUAAACCAGAAAUUGUACAAACAAAUGCUAGAUUUACAAACACAUUAAAUCAUACUAUACCAAUUUAGCAAGAAUCCAGACAAAGUGGAGUGUACGUAUUUGCAGUUGUGAUAUUUUAGCUGUCAAUAUGCUACAUUUUAUAUCCACUACAAUUACAGUCUAAGGUGCGAGUAUGUAUAUGAUUGUGUUGCCAUUUACAAGCUGUACGGGCGCAUUUAUACAUAAAGCUAAUUUGCAGAAUAAUUUCAACCUCCGAAAACCAGCUGCUGCCAAACUCGGAGAACGUGGUGCAUUCUGGUAGUUGUAGUCCCAACACACGGUCAGACUUUGACAUUCAAGCGGCAGAAACAUAGAAAAAACGACAUAUGUUCCCAGACGUCAGCUUUUCUUUAUUUGCUUCACUCUUUAAAUAAAGGAAGUGGUGAAGAAAUUUGCUAGAUUGAAACUUUGCAGAACUCAACCUACAAGUGCAUACUGUACAGAAACUAGUGUUUACACUUCUCGAGUGUGUUGUUGCUAAUGUUAUUGUUUGUUUUUUGUAAAUCCCAUAAUUUCCUCGUGCGGAGCUUUUCGCAAAGGCUUUCCUGGUUGUGUUGCUUGCGAGAAAAGCGAUUUCAUGUGAUCAGUUUCAGCUAACACCACCAAGGGGCAGAACACAGCGUGAUGACUGCACACUAGUCAGUCAGGUUUGACUGAAGCCAGAUGAAAGGUUAAGUGAAUCGAGCAGCAUAAACGUUCUUGGGAAGAACGAGGACAAUCCGGCGAGAGCGCUACACCUGUUGCCUAGUAUUUUUCUUUUCAUUAUUUGAAAUGGUCUGCGUUCAGAGAAAGAAACAGUGCUCAAAAUAGGAAAUCUGCGACAACAUCUUCUUUUGGUUAAGUAACUUUUCUUUGAUGAGACUACAUUUUUUCUAUUCAGAAGUUUCUUGAAACCUAUUGUAUAAAUGGCCAAGGACUCGGGUGACUUUUCUCCGUCUGAAUUCGGGAAUAUGAUGAUCUGAUAAGACAUACCAGCAGGGCUUAUAAACGGAUAUUGGCAACAUGAAGUUUAAUGGUUAUUUAAAACUGAGGAUCGGGGAAGCAGUAGAUCUGAAACCCACCAAAUUUUCCCUGAGGCACUCAGUACUUUUCAGUAAAACAUCAUUUUUGCUGGAUCCCUAUAUAAUAAUCAAUGUGGACGAGGGGAGAGUAGGGCAGACUCACACCAAACAGCGGACCAACAGUCCUACAUACAACGAGGAAUUCUGUGUCAAUAUUAACAAUGCACGCAAGAUCGAGCUGGCAGUGUUCCAUGACACCCCGAUUGGAUAUGAUGACUUUGUAGCCAAUUGUUUAAUUAUGUUUGAAGACCUGAUCAACACCGUCAACACUGAAGAGACCUUUGAAGGCUGGGUGGAUUUGGAGCCAGAAGGGAAAGUGUUCAUUUUGAUCACCCUCACAGGAUCCUUUACUGAUGAUACAGCGACAGCCAAUGGACGGACCUUCAAGCACUUCUCCAGGAAACGGCAGGGAGCGGUGCGGCGGCGAGUGCACCAGGUCAACGGGCACAAGUUCAUGUCAACCUACCUGCGCCAGCCGACCUUCUGCUCGCAUUGCAGAGACUUCAUCUGGGGAGUGUUUGGGAGACAGGGGUAUCAGUGUCAAGUCUGCACUUGUGUCGUGCACAAACGAUGUCACCAGCUCAUCGUCUCGGCGUGCCCUCGCAUGAAAAAGCCUGCAAUAGAAGAGGCAACUAACCAAGGCUUCAGCAUCAACAUCCCUCACAAGUUCAAUGUUCACAACUUCAAGGUGCCCACGUUCUGUGACCACUGCGGGUCUCUGCUGUGGGGUCUGGUGAAACAGGGCCUGCAGUGUAAAAAUUGUAAAAUGAACGUGCACAUCCGAUGCAAGGGCAACGUGGCUCCCAGCUGCGGAGUGAACAGUGUGGAGCUGGCCAAUAAACUAGCGGAGAUGGGGCUGCAAGCCGGAGGCCUCUCCAAAAGGGGCUCUUUGGCAAGUAAUAAUAACGGCAGUGAAACAGGAUCCAGAAAAGUAAGCAAGAAGGACAAUCAAUCGAAAAACAGCGACGCAGAGCAGAAGUUAGGCAUUGGAGAUUUCACCUUCCUUCAGGUUCUGGGGAAAGGCAGCUUUGGGAAGGUGAUGCUGGCCAAGCAGAAAGGCUGUGAGCGGGUGUUUGCAGUCAAGGUGCUGAAGAAGGACAUUAUCCUGCAGGACGAUGAUGUGGAGUGCACUAUGACUGAGAAGAGGGUCCUGUCAAUGGCGGGGAGCCACCCCUACCUCACCCAGCUCUUCUGCUGCUUCCAGACACCGGAUCGUCUGUUUUUCGUGAUGGAGUUUGUGAACGGUGGCGACCUCAUGUUCCACAUCCAGAAAUCUCGGAAGUUUGAGGAACCUCGCGCCCGGUUUUACACAGCUCAGAUUACCUCGGCACUCAUGUUUCUGCAUGAAAGAGGAAUUAUUUACAGAGACCUAAAAUUGGACAACGUGUUACUGGACAGGGAUGGCCACUGCAAGCUAGCUGACUUUGGGAUGUGUAAAGAGGGAAUCUUUGAAGGAGUCGAGACCGGCACUUUCUGUGGAACUCCAGACUACAUUGCUCCAGAGAUUCUGCAGGAGAUGCUCUACGGCCCCUCUGUUGACUGGUGGGCUCUGGGAGUGCUGCUCUAUGAGAUGCUGUCGGGACACGCACCCUUUGAGGCGGAAAAUGAGGACGAUCUCUUCGAGUCGAUCCUGAACGAGGAGAUCUCCUACGCAGCCUGGCUGAGCCAAGACUCUGUGGACAUUCUCAAAGCAUUCCUGACUAAAAACCCCAGCAGGAGACUUGGUUGUGUGCCGUCCCAGGGUGGGGAGAGUGUGAUCCCGCUGCAUCCGUUCUUCAGAGAAAUCGACUGGGAAUUACUCAACCGGAGACAACUGGAGCCGCCCUUCAAACCUAGAAUCAAAUCUCCCCAGGAUGUCAACAACUUCGACCCAGACUUCACCAAAGAGGAGCCAGCUCUGACUCCCAUUGAAGACACGAUGAUCCAAAUGCUGAACCAAGACGAGUUCAAACAUUUUUCAUUUACUUCGCGGGACUUGAUUGAUACUUAAAGGACAAACUCAUAAUUCAGAGAGCAAACCUCAGAGCGGUGUAGCAGGGGAGAGAAGAAAAAAAGGACAUUUCUUCUUCUGUCACAUCCUCCAGGUUUGUCAUUUUUAAAGACAUUCAAGCAUUGUGUUAAAAAAAAAAUCCUUGGGUCAAACUAAGUUAGAUUUAGUGAAAUGCUGUAUGUACAGUACUUGAAUUUGUAUUUGUAAAAUAGGAUUUUAUAUAUAUAUGUGAUUUAGAAUUAAAUUGCUUUGUAUUGUUUAAUGUGUGUUAUGCUGAUGUUUGUUCCUUUUAGGCUGAAUGCUUUUAUAAAGAAGUGAACGACUUGCCUAAUUGACAGAUAUUUGUGAAUGGAUGUAAACAAUGGGGCCUAAAUGCAAAUGAAUGGAAUGGAUAGCUGUUAAGAACAUGAUGAUUGUGUGUAAACAUAAUGCCUUCAUAUUCAAUGAAGUGAUGUUGAAGAUACUAUAGCAUUGUGUGCAUCAGUAGCAUACACCUCCACACUUAAGCUACCUAUCAGGUUACCUAUAACAGCAGGGGUUCAGACCACCAAUAGACCAGAAUCAGUAUUAUUAUGUAAUUUAUUACUUUGGUCAUUGGAUUGUACAGCAGAUUUGGAAUUGGAUCUCCUUUGUAACCAAAACUGAUGUCACUUAAAGACACCAUCCAAAAUGACUGAGUGUGGGUGACAGUGGGGUUUGGCAUGCUGUAAAUGAAGUGCACCCUGUACUGUACACACAGAUAAACAAGUACCCAUGCAGGUGAUGGAAGGGCGGAGGGAUAGCGUCUUACACGAGACACAAAGCUUCACAGGGUUAAAAGUCAAACGGGUCGUGUAAAAGUUAGCAUUCACUUUUAGAAAGCCUCAUCUAAUAUUUUUUCUUCGUUGCUAUAUAAUAUGAAAAUAAAACUGACUUCAGUGUAGGCUUGUACAUGUUUGGACUUAAACAAAUACCUAUUUGAAUUCCAAUCUUUAAGAAAAUGUACGAGAAUGUAUUCUUGGACAUGCAAAUUACUAGCAGUAACUGAUGUAUACAGAAUAUUUUUUUGUUGUUAUUUUUCGUGACCUAACUGUGAUACCGCUACUGUUAAUCAAAUGAACCUGGUUGAGCCCAAAUAAACAAAACAACUCAGGACAAAACAGCACCUAUUUCCUGAAGCCUUGCGGGUCCCAGGAUGAUUUACUUGUAAUACAGCAGUCAAGAACAGCUAUUGCAAUCGUCUCUGUAGGUGAGAACUGAGAACACCCUUCUGAGAUUUCUGUACAGACCGUGCUCAGGUAAACCCUUAGGCAUUGGUUUUCUCUUUUCAGAUUUUGUAUUCAGUCAUGUCAAGUACUUGUUUUAGAAAAUAAACCAACUGUGAAACUCA